AUGGAGCGAGGCGGCGUGCGGGAGCUAGACCUUCGAAAAUGUACUCCCGGGUCCGUCGCCCAGAGGGUUGGUUGUGUCCUGCCCGGGUUGCGAAGCAGUGCUGCCUUCUUUACAUGUCUCAGAGCAAACCUCGUGCUGUCACCGUCAGCCCUCUCCAAUUUCAACACACCUUAUCUGGAACCAUUUUCACCGUUGCCGCCACGAUCCAAACCCUCGCCAUGUCCCCGGGUCCUUGUCGCCAAUGAACCUCUAGUCUCUUUCCACGACAUUCCAACUCUGUCCCUCGACGCUCUCGAGAGCCAAGAUGCUAAGAGCGAGGGUCUCCGUCUCAUAGCCGACUCGGUAUCCGAGAUGCGCCCACGUGCUGCCAAGGCAGUCGUCUUCCAUCCUCUCUGUCUUGCCGCCAUGGCUGCUUCAUGGCUUGCCCUGCAUCGGUUAGUCUAUGCGUCUGACCCGGAGAAAGACGCUGCUCGCGCACUCAUGCUGGCCAGUGGCAUCACCAUGCUAUACGUAGCUGCCGUCCGCUUUGUCAGCUGCGGCUACGUCAAGCUCGCAGACAGAAUCGGCCUGGACUGGCUGCGAGCCGAGUAUGGCGGAGAGCGCGACGUGAUCCUCGGUGCGAGGGUGGGAGACUCUCUGGUCGGAGCCUUGGUGCUGCGACUUGAAUCCAAGGGGCCUGCUGCCGCAUCUCCCAAGCGCAAGAGUCGCAGCCGCAGCCGCUGCCGCAGCCGCAGCGUCAGCCUCAAAGGCGGCAAAGGCAUCAUCAGAGCAUGGACCGUUGCACCAAAACACCGAGGACAAGGCGUCGGCAGGGACUUGCUGAACGAAGCAGUACGGCUGACCAGGGACCGCUGUGGCAAAGAUGCGCAGGUCGGCUUUGCCCAGCAGCAUGCCCACAGCGUCAUGAUAAUGCCGAGCAUGUUUAACAAAUCUUUUCGAAGAGAUGAGGCUCGUGCUGCCAAGGCGCUGGAUGUUGCCGUCGCUGAGUGGGAUGUGACGAGGAAGAAGAAGAGGUAG